CCUCAGCUCGAUUUGGACUUCCUGGGAUCGACGACGAGCGGGCGAUGCCUUAGGAGGAUAGCAUCGUACUUUUUCUCCGCGCUUCGGUGGCGAACGCUCUCAAAAUGGCUGUGUUUCCACGAGUGCGGAGCCAACGGGCGGGCGCCGGCAGACGCCGUCUUUCGGCUUUCGGACGUUUUUCGCUUUCCGCCCGCGUUCGCGCCGAUCUUAUCCUCUGCGCCGCUAUCGCCCUCUCCCUCUUCCAGGCACCCCACACUCGCCAAGAGCGCGCAGCCCUUACCUCCAUUCCGUUUAUCCUCAACACCGCCGCUGCCGCCGCUGCCGCCGCUGCUCCCGCUGCUCCCGCCUCCGCAGACUCCUUCCGCGUCCGCUCCCUCCGCCCGCCAUUUCCGCCGUCCCCGCUUCACCCGCACUCCUCCAUCCCCAUCCGGAGCCUCCAGCGCGCCGACGUCCCGCUUCCGCCGCGCGCCCCCGGCGGAACCCCCUCGCGCCAGCCGUUCGAGCAGGUCGUGCGCGCCGUGCAACCGCACGCCUUUAAAGCCGCCGCGGCCAUUCUUUCCGACCCCACGCGGCAGGGCCGAAACGGCUCCGUGAAUCCCGCCGACAUCAGCGCCGCGGUUGCCGGGCUGCUGGCGCCGGGGGUGGAGAUACGCGUGGAUGUAUGGCCGCUCGCCGCCGCGCAGCUGGCGUCGCUCGAGUGGUUCGAGUUCAGCCUUCCGAAAGACGUCAAUGUCCCGAGUCGCGCCGGCGCGGGAGGCGGAGGCGGAAGCGGAGGCGCGAUUGACACGGUCGUCCUGAUGUACAUCAAGAUAUUUGCGCCAAACGCGGCCAUCCCCACGCCGGCUUCGUCCACGUGGCCUUACAGCAACUCUCCCCGCCAACCCAUCCCUUCCGGCCCUCCCGGCACUUCUGGCUCUUCUGUUUCUUCGCCGCCGGCGUUCCUCCAGCCGAUGAGCUUCGUCUCGCCGCAAGUGGCGCUGCUCACGUACCCCUCGUCCGUUCUCGCGGGCCCCGGCGGAACCGACGGAACCGGCGCAGGCGGAAGCUCUGCGAAGGUCCCUCCGCUGGCUAUGCAGCCUGCGCUGGUGCUGGCCGCAGCUUCCGCGAACGAUCCUAUCGUGGUGUAUUUUCCCGUGCCGCUCGUCGACGAUCUAACCUCGGGAGGUAACUACCAGUGCACUAACAUCACCGCGAGCGGCCACGUGACUAUGUACGAGCAGGAAUUAGGCACGGGCUUUAUUUCCAGCAAGCCCCUGACUCUAUACGUGCCGUGCGCGCAGGCCGUAGUUAAUAAUAACUACUUCGCGCUUUGCUGGACCAGCACGAACAUCGCCGCGCCUUCCCCCCCCGUUUUCGCUCCCCCCAGCCCGCCGCCCCCCCCGUUCGUCCCCCCUCCUCCGCCGUCCCCGCCGCUGCCGCCUCCGCCGCCUCCCCCCGACACGUCUGUUCCCGCGUGGAAAAUCGUAGUGGGGGUGGUGGGGGGGCUGGUGGUUCUCCUAACCGCAGCAUCGCUUGCAGCGCUAGUGUACGUGCGCAUGUCGCGGCAGCAGGGCAAGCAGGGCGUGAGUAAGGGGCGCGCCGCGGUGAUUAAGGAGCUCCAUAAGAACCGCUCGCAAAAGUGGCAGUUCUUCACCAUGCUCGGAUGUGGUCCCGGUGGCGGUCCGAGCCUCUCCAGACCACACAGCAGCGGGGGCAGGGGCGGGGCGAACAGCGGUAGCGCACUGGGAGCGGGCGGCAGUGGAGGGGUAAUGGAUGGGGAUGGGGUGGUGAGAGGGGAGGGGCUGAUGCCUGUUGCAUCGGAGGUGGGUAGAAGCGAUGUGCAAUGAGCGGGGGAAGGGGGCUGAAGUGGGCUGGGAGGAAGGGGAGAGCAACAGGGGGAAGCAAGGAUGGGGGAGCAGGGAGAGGACAUGCCAGAGGGGAAUGGAUAUGGAGGUGGGGACUGGGGAGGUGGAGGUAAUAUACAGAGCUUUGUGAGAAGUAUCCAAGGAGAGAGAGGGGGCGUGAGAGAAGCAGAUGGAUGGGGGACAGGAGGGCAUUGAAGCAGGAUUGCUGGCGGAGGUCAUGGUACUAUCUGCAGCGGUUUUUGUGCUUGGAAGAUGGGCAUUUUUCGACUGUGAACCGAGAAAGAGCAGCAGGGGGGUGCAUGUGUAAUGUACAGCGGUGAUUAUUUAUUGGUGUUGGAGCUGUGGAGGGGGGGUGGCAAGUGGGGUCAAAUGUGCAUGCCGUGUUGACCAAUGCACUGUGUGUGUGUGUUGGAUGGAUGACUCUGUUCACAACUCACUGAGGGAUGGAACUGCGUGAGCUAUUGACUGGUACUGUAUGGCAAGUGAAAGCCUAUGGCAGUGGCAUGUAUGGUGCUAGGCCAUAGAGAUAGUUGCACAGGUUGAACUGCAAUGGAUCAUCUUAGGGGGUACUGUAUGUGCCUGAGAGAAGGUGGUUACUGCAUGCCACCUCUAGUACUGCUGCCUUAGAGCAUGUUCCUAGGACUCCUCAUUACACAAACCCCUUUUUGGAC